AUGGUUUGGCUGAUGGUCAGCCGGGUGGACGGGUCCCCAAAAGUAUUGGAGGACUACGAACGGCUACUCAUGAAGAUCAAGGACAAGUUCAAGGAGUUAAAGUAAGGUCAUGUUAGAAUAGGGGUUAGAUUGAAACGCGGUUACAAUAAUAUUAUUGCAAGCAUGACAAAACCACCAUUAUUAGAGAUUGUAAGGAUAUAGGUAAAAUGGAUCCUUGAGUCGUGUAAUUAACUUUAGUAGAAACAACGACGAAGAGGUAGAACAGCCUGAAGUAAGUUCUGGCCGUUUCACGAUUCCACCGUCCAAUCGCUUGACUACCGCCCAUCCCAUCAAGCUUCCAGUCAAGCCAAAGGUUCGGAAGACAGCCAAUCUUUUUUCGCCUUUUAUUCAAGCGACCACUCCUGGUUCUCCCCUAAACUAUACGCUACAAAAGGACCAGCCAGAAUCGAGGCUGAGGAUACGAAAGAUUAAAAAUGUAAGUUAAGCUCAGAGUUUGUUAUCAUUUAUAUAAAACCUAAUAUAAAAGGCUAUUACCUUCUUAUAUACAUAGCUUCAAUAACUUAAAUCUGUGUUCAGAGUAACAACCUGCUUCUGAGCUCAGAUGGCGAUGACACAACUCCAUUCGAGUUCAACCCGAAUAUGUUUGAGCCAACGGACACUACGGCAGCGCCCACUUCAACAACAACAGUCAUGGUUCCAAUGUUCAUGUUGGACACUGAAAGCAUAGAUGAGGUAAACGAAGUCUACACAUCUACCGUGUCUUCCAAGGAUGUCACAGAAGUAAACGAAGGCUCCACUAUAGUUGACAAUGCCCGCUUCUCGUAUCUGGAAACACCUAUUGUUGAGUAAGAUGUUGCUGGUUAAUUGUCUUUGAUAAACUAUAUAAAUAUUGUCAUUUAGUUAUUUUUUAAUUAACUUUUAAAAUGAUCUUUCUGUUUCAGUCCAUUACGGAAACGUCGCCGAUAUCAUCCCAGACGACCGUUGUACGAGAGUGUAGAGGUAAGGGUACUAAAAGUGUUUUAAUAUCUUGAUUUAUCAUAUAAACAUAGUUACUGUUUCUAGGAUUAUGAUGAAGAAGAUUUUUACCCUCGACGACCAAAAUACCAUCGACGGCCAGGUAUGUUAUCGCAAUAACUAAAUCUACGUAACAUUGCUGUAUCAUGUAACUUUUUGUUUCAGCUUAUUACGACGACUUUGAUUGGCCGAAAAGACGCUACGGCCAUCGACGAUAUCGAUACUCGGUUUGGUCAUUUUGCUUAUAAACCUUAUUAUUUUCAUUUUUUACAAAUUUAUAGUCCAUUUAGCUCUCUCUUACUUAAAGGCUUCACUACCGUUAGUUCUAAUCGAUCAAUUAAAGUUUGUCAAUUCCAGAAAUAUCGACCAAUAGCCGAGCCAGUACCUCUAUCGGUAGAAGAAGACUCUGAAGAGUUCGAAAACCACAGGAUCCAGAAGACUGUAAAAUCGUUGAAAAGUGGAACAGCUGGAAGUAAAACAUUCGAACCUCAUAAGCCAUUGCCUGUCAAUACCUUGUCACAGUCGUCGCAAUUCAAAGAAGGCGCUGGAUUGGCGGGUUCUAAGUAUGGAUUCAUCCCAAAAAGUAAGCUUUUCGUUACAUUAUUAUUUUUCUACUUUCAUGUACUACGUAGAAUCGAGUUGACAAUAUUUUGAAUUCAAAUUUCAGCGACAGAAUCCCCAAAGAAACCGAUCCAAAUGAGUAUGGAGAACUGCCGGAAAGUGAACAGUUAUGCCAAGAUAUUUGGAGUUUCCAACCCUCAAAAAUGGGUACGACAUAACUGUGCCUUCGUUCAAACAUUUGUGAAAGCACCGUGCACCGACAUCAAUUCGUUUGUAGAUUCAUGCUACAAAAGGAACACCUAA